GUCUCUUUGUUUGCCGAAGCAUCCGUACCUUAACUUGUCUGCAAUAGAAGCUUUUUACAGAUCUUGAAAUUCCCUCUUCUCUGAACUGACUCGCCGGAGCUCCAGCGGCCAUGGGUGUCCCUGCCUUUUACCGGUGGCUUGCCGACCGGUACCCCCGGUCGAUCGCCGAUGUGGUCGAGGAAGAGCCAGUUGAUGGCCCCAACGGGGUCGUCUUGCCGAUCGACGUCUCCAAGCCUAACCCUAAUGGAAUGGAGUUUGACAACUUGUAUUUGGAUAUGAAUGGCAUAAUUCAUCCGUGCUUUCAUCCUGAAGGCAAGCCUCCACCAGCUACAUAUGACGAUGUAUUUAAAUCCAUUUUCGAUUACAUUGACCAUCUCUUCUCAUUGGUUCGGCCAAGAAAGGUUCUUUACAUGGCAAUUGAUGGUGUUGCACCUAGAGCUAAAAUGAAUCAGCAACGUUCUCGGCGUUUCAGAGCUGCAAAAGAUGCUGCCGAGGCUGAAGCUGAAGAAGAAAGAUUAAGAAAAGCGUUUGAAGCUGAUGGGCAAAGCUUAUUACCUAUGGAGAAGCCCGAAACAUGUGACUCUAAUGUCAUCACUCCCGGAACUCAAUUUAUGGCAGUGCUCUCCGUAGCACUUCAGUAUUAUGCGCAUUCAAGAUUAAAUCACAACCCAGGGUGGAGGUUUACGAAGGUUAUUCUAUCUGAUUCAAAUGUUCCUGGCGAGGGAGAGCACAAAAUUAUGUCAUACAUUCGGCUACAACGCAAUUUGCCUGGUUUUGAUCCAAACACUCGACAUUGUCUGUACGGUCUGGAUGCAGAUCUGAUUAUGCUUAGUCUAGCAACACACGAGAUUCACUUUUCAAUUUUAAGAGAGGUAAUAAUGCUACCAGGGCAACAGGAAAAAUGUUUCAAUUGUGGCAAAGUUGGUCAUUUUGCAGCUGAGUGUCGUGGAAAGUCUGAUGGUCCAGAAGAUUGGAAUGCAGCCGAUGAAACUCCAAUUCAUAAAAAGAAAUAUCAGUUUCUCAACAUUUGGGUUUUACGAGAAUACUUGCAGUAUGAAUUGGACAUUCCCAAUCCACCUUUUGAGGUUGAUUUCGAGCGGAUAGUGGAUGAUUUUGUGUUUUUGUGUUUCUUUGUUGGCAACGAUUUUCUUCCACAUAUGCCAACCUUGGAGAUAAGAGAGGGUGCUAUUAAUUUGCUGAUGCACAUAUAUAGAAAGGAGUUUCCUGCUAUGGGUGGUUAUCUUACUGACGCGGGUGAGGUUAUGUUAGAUAAAGUGGAGCAUUUUAUCCAAGCUGUAUCUGUACACGAAGAACAAAUCUUUCAAAAAAGAGCCCGAAUUCAGCAGGCACAAGAGAAUAAUGAAGAAAUGAGAGGUAGAGCUAGAAGAGAGAAUGGUCCUGCGCCCCCAGUUCCAACAAUUGACAAGAUCAAGUUAGGGGAGCCUGGAUACAAGGAGAGGUAUUAUGCUGAGAAGUUCAAUGCUAACUCAGAAAACAUUGCUGAAAUAAAACAAGAUGUGGUCUUGAAGUAUGUGGAGGGUUUAUGUUGGGUCUGUCGAUAUUACUAUUCAGGGGUUUGCUCUUGGCAAUGGUAUUAUCCUUAUCAUUAUUCACCUUUUGCCUCUGACCUUGAAAACUUGGCUGAUUUGGAGAUAACCUUUUUCAUCGGAGAGCCAUUUAAACCUUUUGAUCAACUGAUGGGAACGCUACCAGCUGCAAGUUCAACCGCUCUUCCUGAGAAAUACAGAAACUUGAUGACAGAUCAUUCAUCGCCAAUCCUUGAAUUUUAUCCUUCAGAUUUUGAGAUUGACAUGAAUGGAAAGCGUUUUCAAUGGCAGGGUGUUGCCAAAUUGCCUUUCAUCGACGAGAGAAAGUUGCUUGCUCAAACUAGGAGACUUGAAAGCUCUUUAACGGAUGAAGAGAAGAAUCGGAAUAGUGUGAUGCUUGAUUUGCUUUAUACACAUUGUGCCCAUCCACUGUCUGCACAGGUUUUCUCUUAUUACCAAGUUGCUAGUCAACUACCUCCACGUGAAAGAACUUGUUGGGUGAUUGACACGAAUGCCAGUGGUGGGAUGAAUGGAUACCUCUGGUUGUGUGAGAGAAAUGUAUUCCGUAAUGUUUUUCCAUCACCAAUCAGUAGUUUGCCAGAUAUCCAGCAUAAUCAAGUCCUGAAUGUAACCUAUCUUAAUCCUCAGAAGCAUGAACAUAUCCCUAGACCUCCAAAGGGUGUAAUCAUUCCCAAAAAGGUUCUAAGUUCCUUGGAUAUCAAACCUUUCCCUACCUUAUGGCAUGAAGACAAUAAUUCCCGGCGCUAUCAUGGCAGAGAACGGCCUCAAGUACCUAGAGCUAUUGCUGGCCCUCUUUUGGGAGAAGCAGCUCAUCGUCUUGUGAAAAACACUCUUAAUAUCAAACCUAAUGGUGGCUCAUUGUCGGGAUUAUUUGAUCAACCCUAUUCUCGCAAUUUCCCGGGACAGCCUAUAUUCUCUCGGCCGCGACAAGUUGCAUCUUCAGGUUAUGAAACGGGGUAUGGUGAAGAUCCAAAUUAUUCCUACGGGCACUAUAAUAACUACCAGGGUGCAUCAGGUAGGCCAAGAUAUCCCAAUUCUUCAAAUGGUAUGCCAGGUGACAGGCAAAUUUCCCGUGGAAAUGAUAGAGUACAGCAUCAGGAGCGAUACAACAAUGUGAGGACUGGUAUGUCUGCUUUGACAAUUGAAGAGAGCAUGAGGAAUCGAUCUCUUGACAUGUUAACUCCUGGUCUUUCUCCCGUGAUGAUGCCAAAGAUGCUGAAUGUCGGAAACUCGGCAAACCAACAGAAUUUUGCCCAGGCUACUGACGCUCUUCCUUCACCACCACACAAAUGGAUCAAUAGAGCGCCAACGCCAUCUGCAAAUAUAAUGUAUGCAAGACAACAAGAAAAUUUUACAGGAGGAGCCAACGAGAAGCAAGCGAAACAAAUGUAUCUAGCAAAGACUCCAGCAUUCCAGAGUGGGUCAGGUUCUGGAAGCAGGUAGUGAUCCUUGUUUGUUCGGUUCGUCUUGGCUGCUGUUUAAGUUGCCCCAAUAUGAAAGACAUUUGCAGUAUUCCUCGACCUGUACCUAACAUGGAUUUUAGCAAGUCACACCCUAACAGAUGCUUCGGGGCAAGUCAUGCGAGCUGAUCAUUCAUCUGGUGGAAUCACUUCUUGCAUUCUCAUCGUGACGUUUAUUUAGCGACUGGGGACGACAUAUAAAGAUGGAACUAUUUGCAUGCAAGGACAGAUUCAAAUCAAACAAAUCGGUAAAAUCAUUUAGUGAAUUUUGUGCAUAUUGUACCAAUGAAUCAUCCCAUUACUGUUGUUGUGUAUCUACUACAAGGUUUACCUCUAGAAAUACCCCACCUUAGUUUGGGGUUUUAAAGAGGAAUUGUAGAGUAGACAUGUUGAUUAUAUAGGAUAUAUCCAGAACACACAGGAUAUUAGUUAAUAGGUUAUCUUUGUACCUUCUUUUUACUUUGUCCGAAGAAACAGAAACGAAAAACAAUGCAUGAUCUAAGAGACAAGACCAUCAGACAAAUUUAUAUAUUGGUCAUAUUUUGUUUUGGCGCUUAUC